CGUCGCUCCUCUGUUCGUUGUUCGUUUCUAGUUUCGAGUUUUAACUUCUGUGGCUCUUGGCGCUAGUGUGAAAAUUAAAUUUUCUGUUCUACUUUUGAAUAAAAUAAGAAAUACGUACAUAAGUGUUCGCAAAAAGGACAAACCAAGGCGAAAAUGUCACUAAUUACGAGGACCGUGCCCAGACUUUUCGUGCAGGCCACUCAAACUGCUACUAUUCGCAAUGUUCACAACUCAACCAGUAAUAAUUCGCCGCGUUUAGCUGAAAGACCAGACACAAGAGUAACUGCUACCCUGAUUCCUGGAGAUGGUGUUGGACCUGAACUAGUCUACUCUGUUCAAGAAGUUUUCAAGGCUGCCGGAAUACCAGUUGAUUGGGAAUCAUAUUUUUUCUCCGAAGUUAAUCCUACUCUUAGCGCUCCCCUUGAUGAUGUUGCGACGUCCAUCAGCAAAAAUCGCGUUGCCCUCAAAGGCAUUCUGGCCACCCCUGAUUACUCUCACACUGGUGAACUUCAAACUCUUAACAUGAAACUGCGUAAUAAGUUGGACUUAUAUGCUAAUGUUGUCCACGUGAAAUCAUUGCCAGGAAUCAAAUGUCGCCAUAGUAAUAUUGAUUGUGUCAUUAUUCGAGAGCAAACAGAGGGAGAAUAUUCUGCUUUGGAGCAUGAAAGUGUAAGAGGUGUUGUCGAAUGUUUAAAAAUUGUCACUGCUAAGAAAUCUCAGAGAAUUGCCAAGUUUGCAUUUGACUAUGCUAUUAAGAAUAAUAGGAAAAAAGUCACUGCUGUGCAUAAGGCGAACAUCAUGAAAUUGGGUGAUGGAUUGUUUUUAAGAAGCUGUGAAGAGAUGGCGAAACUUUACCCCAAAAUUGAAUUUGAGAAAAUGAUUGUCGACAAUUGUACUAUGCAAAUGGUGUCCAACCCGCAACAGUUCGACGUUAUGGUGACACCCAAUCUUUAUGGUAACAUUGUUGAUAAUCUGGCUUCAGGGCUUGUGGGUGGAGCUGGUGUAGUAUCUGGAUCUUCAUAUUCUGCUGAAUGUGUUGUGUUUGAGCCCGGUGCAAGACACACUUUCUCAGAAGCUGUGGGCAAAAACGUAGCCAACCCAACUGCUAUGCUUCUUUGUGCUUCCAAAUUGCUCAGGCAUGUGAAUUUACCUAUGUACAGUGAAAUGGUCAGGAAUGCUGUUGAGAAAGUACUUCAAGAUGGAAAAGUUCGCACCAAAGAUAUUGGUGGUCAAAGCAGUACUCAAGAGUUCACUUAUGCAGUCAUAGCUAAUUUAAAAAUGCCCAAAGUCUGAGAUAUUUUGAUAGCUGUGAAAUCAAUACAUAAUUUCAAUGUAUAAGUUCCCUCCAACAAUAUUGCAUAUUAUUAAAAAAAGUCGAUACAAACUUGUCAAAGGCGUGGCGAGCGUGGAAUUCGGCAGCAGCCCGGGUCGGACUCGUUCCAUAUUCAGUAGUCCGAAUAUGCCCACACAAAAAUUGACUUUUUGAUAGGAAUAUGGAAUGUCGUUGUCGACAACUAAACCUAUAUUUUGUUUAGCCAAAAAUUCAAUUAUCCUGAAGUUUCAUGGUCAAUUAAUUAGGAAAAGAAAAGUUUACAUGCCAAAUAGUAUUGUUAAAUAAGAUUUAAGGCGAAUUGUCACUAUGUAAUUUUAUUGUUUUAAAGUGAGCAUAUACGAUCUGUUUUAAUAAAUUAAUCCAAUGUUACUGUUUUGUUUAUAUUUCUUUUUUAAUAAAAUAUUUUUAAAAUAUAA